AUCGUCGUCGUCGUCCUCCUCUCUAUGUAUGUCUCAUCAUCCAUCUCUCUCUAUAUAUAUUGGACAUGACUCUUGGCCCUUUCCGUGUAUAAGUCAGCGAUGGAGGGAAUUACGAAUUUCAAAGAUCUACCAUUGUUCUUCUCAAUCUUCGUCUUCGUCUAUCUUCACGGUUACUUGUUCAUUUUCCGGCGAUGGACCCCAGAGUCUCGUCCUUUAGCCUCCAGCUGCUUGAUUUCCCUCCUUCACGGCGUCUCCGCCGUUUUCCUCGCCACGCGCUCCCUCAUCUCCGAUCCUAACCGCGGUUUCUCCUCCCGCAACACCCAAUCACAAAACGCCGUUCUCGAUUUCAGCUCCGCUUAUUUCCUCACCGAUCUUCUCCACCUCGCCGUUUUCCCCUCUCCCGCCGGCGGAGACGCCCUCUUCGCCGCCCAUCACGCCGCCGUGCUCUUCGUUUUCCUCACUUGCCGCUACCUCGUCGCUCACGGCGCCUGCGCGCUCCUCGCGCUCCUCAUCGUCGCCGAGGCAACCAGCGCGUGUCAGAACACGUGGACGCUCGCGGAAGCGCGUGGCCGAGACGCUCCUUUUGCGGUGAGCCUGCACCGUUUCGUGACGCUGCCGUUUUACGCGUCCUACAGCGUUUGCAGGUGCGUUCUCGCGCCGCUGCUUAUCGUUAAGAUGACGUGGUUUUACGUCACUGGAGGCGCUGAUGACGUCAUACCCAGAUGGGUUUGGGUGUCGUGGACCGUCGUUAUUGUCGUUGCCGUUACCGUCAGUAUUCUUUGGAUAUGGAAUCUAUGGGUUCUGUUUUUUGAGGAAAGAUAUGCCAAAAUUGCAAAAAAAAAGAUUAAAUAA